CUUCCUCACCCACUUCCUCUUCCCCAUAUCCCUCCCUCUCCCGCUAUUCCCUGCUGAUAACCAUGGCGUGGGACCAGCUGUGGAUCAACAAGCCACAUUUAGCGUACGCUAUCAUCGGUGGCUUCACCACAAUCUUCUCCCUCAUAUCCCUUUUCGUCAAAGAGAAGCUGUAUAUAGGUGAAGCCACCGUUGCCACAGUCACCGGCGUUAUCUUUGGCCCCUAUGCCGCAAACUUGCUUGACCCCUCGACAUGGGGAAACACAGAUUUCAUCACGCUCGAGAUUACGCGCGUCGUCCUCGUCGUCCAGAUCUUCGCCGUCGCCGUCGAAUUGCCCAAAAAGUACAUGCUUCGUCACUGGGUCUCGGUUUUCAUGCUGCUAGUUCCCGUCAUGACCUACGGCUGGCUUCUGGCCUCGGUCUUCAUCUGGAAACUCGUGCCCUCCCUGCGCUGGGUCGAAGCCCUUGUCGUAGCGGCCUGCAUCACCGCCACCGACCCUGUCCUCGCGUCGGCUGUCGUCGGUAAGGGAAAGUUUUCAAAACGUGUCCCAGGCCACUUGCGAAACAUUCUCUCGGCUGAGUCUGGCUGUAACGACGGCAUGGCCUUUCCUUUUGCAUAUCUCGCUCUGUACCUUAUUCGAUAUGAAGGUCACGGCGGCAAGAUUGUAGAACACUGGAUUCUUCUCACCAUCCUCUACGAGUGCGUCUUUGGCUGCAUCCUCGGCGCCAUGAUCGGCUACAGCGGUCGCCAUGCCAUCAAGUACGCAGAAAAACACAACCUCAUCGAUCGCGAGUCCUUCCUCGUAUUCUACUUUGUUCUCGCGCUCUUCUGCACCGGUAUAGGAACGAUCCUGGGUACUGACGAUCUCCUCGUCGCGUUCUCGGCCGGUGCUGCUUUCUCAUGGGACGGCUGGUUCACGCGCAAGACCGAGGAGUCGCAUGUUUCUAACGUUAUCGACCUCUUGCUCAAUCUUGCCUACUUUGUCUACUUUGGGUCUAUCGUUCCCUGGCAUCUUUACAACACCCCCGAGCUCGGUCUCAGCCCAUGGAAGCUUUCUAUUAUUGCGAUUCUUCUUAUUCUUUUCCGCCGCAUCCCAAUCAUGCUCGCAAUGAAACCUCUCAUUCCAGACAUUCGCACCUGGCGCGAGGCUCUUUUCUGCGGCCACUUCGGCCCUAUUGGUGUCGGCGCUGUCUUCAUGACCAUCCUGGCUCGUGCCGAACUCGAGCACGAUGAACCAACUCCGCUCGCGGAUCUACCCGCAGAAGGCUCGCCCAACUACGUGAUUGUCGCUACGAUGUGGCCGAUCGUCUCGUUCAUGAUCAUCGCGUCGAUCAUUAUCCAUGGCUCGUCGAUUGCUGUGUUUACCCUCGGUAAGCGACUCAACACGAUGGCAAUCACAAUGUCCGUCACAACCGGCAACCAGAGCGGUCCGUCGUGGCUGCAGCGUCUGCCGCGGAUGGAGUCCUCCACAAGUGUCUCGUUCCGCAAGGUUGAGACCACGCAGAACGACGCUCUCAAUCGGCUCUUCCACCGCCGCGCUGCUGGUCUCGCACCGAAAGAGGAUUCAGUCAGUGAUGCCGCAGACAUGAACGGCGACGUCAUCCGUCGUCGUCGGCGUCCACCUGCAAAGGCUGCGGGACGGAUGUCGAACCCAAAGGCAGACAACAAGAAGAAGACCAAGAAGCGUCGGCAGCAGGAGCGAAAACGGCGAGACUCAGAGGGUUACGACGCUUAUGACGACGAGCUUGAAAGAAGGCCUACGGCGACGACGGACGAUGGCGUGGUUUCGGCUGCGGACUAUCCUGCCGGCACGGUGCUCUCAGAGCAAAUCUCUCGCAACAGCGAGGAAGAAAACAUUGAAGAGCGGAUUAACCCGGACAACCACACAGUCUACCAGGAAGGAGAUAAUCUGAUUGUUGAGGACGAGAACGGCGAGGUUCUGACUACGAUCAACUCUACGAACGGACGGCCUAGUGCAUGGAAUGAGCCUGGAUUGGAGCCUUCUGAUUCGUUUGAUAGUUCGAUUAUUGGAAACCAGCGCCGGCCGCGGCGGAAGGUGGGCGACCUCGAGAGCCUUGGAGCGGCGGAUGAUUCUUCGUACGCGGCGACAGACGAGGCCGGAGGUACGCAGAGACGAACGCGGGCGAUUGCGUACCAGCUCGAUGACGAGAUUAUCGUCGAGAAUGAAGAAGGCGAGGUCAUCAGACGGUACCAUAUCAACCGGCACAACAACGGCAGUGCAAACGGAGGGUCGCAGUCGCGGCCGGGAGGCGUCGAGAGUAGUCUCGAGAAGGCGCUUUCGUGGGUCGGUCUGCGACGUGGAGGGUCGGUUGCACCUGGAGGCAGUUCUGGAGCCGGGUCGAGUUCGGCCGCGGCUGCGGCAGCUUCAGGGAGGAGAUCGAAUCAGCAUGAGAUUGGUGGUCUGGAGUUGCAGCGCUUAGACUCGACACUCGACUGCACAACGGUUAGCUCAUCGGGGUCGAUGAUAAGAGGGGCGCAUGGUAUUGAAAAAAGCGAUUUACCGCGGAACUUCUUGCAGCGUCGUGCGGAUGAUGAUUUGAUGCCGGUGCGGGCACCGCAUAAGAGUCAUAAGGGAGUUGAUGACGAUGAUGAUGAGACGCCAGCGGAACGGAAGAGACGGUUGGCGGCGCUGAGUGGAGCUGCUAGUUCUGGAGAUGAUGAAGCAGACGAGACGCCAGCGGAGAGGAAGAGGCGGUUGGCUGCGCUUGGAGUGAAGGAUGAGAAGGAGGAUAGAGGGCGGUAUCGGUAUGAGGAGGAGGAUGAGGAGGAGGAGGAAGAGGAAGAGGAGGAGGAGGAGGAGGAGGAGGAAGAAGAGGAAGAGGAAGAGGAUGAUGAAGAGGAGGAGGAAGAAGAAGAGGAUGAGGAUGAGGAUGAAGAUGAUCUGGAUGAUGAAGAUUAUGUGUCGGACGGAGGAGCAUCAUUUUCUCGAAGCCGAAACUCGCAAGAGGUCCCGUCACGGAUCUCGUUUGCGGGCGAGACAGAUGUGGAACGUCGUCGUCGUCUAGCUGCGUUGGGAUUCGCGGCACCUACUUCAUCAUCAAACAACGAUAACGGUGGAGAGACGACGAAUAACGCGACGACAACAACGUCGUCUUCAUCUUCAUUAUCAGCCACAGCUGUUGGCUCGUCGUCUGGAUCGCCUGAAGACACGCCGUCUCCUGAGAAUACGAAUAAUAACAAUAACGGAGGCGGCCCGUCGAUAUCGCGAGGAAUCACAUGGGGAUCGGUGAAGAGAUCGCAUUAGUGGAUUGUGAGGUUUUGGCGUCUACUUUUGUAUCUGUUAGUUUCGUAUAUCCAUAUUAGAAUUAGAUAGAGCAUGGACAGUGAUGUGGUCUUGUCUAGUUCUAGUCUCAAUGCAUCAUUACAUUACACGUCUAUGAGUUGGUUCAGUCUUUAAUCCAAUAUAUUACAUCUCUGAGUUGGUCUCUGAGUUGGAAGUGCUCCGCUGGAGGUCGUGGGAUGCGUACGAGAAAUUAAGAUUUGUAGAUAGUCUCAAUUGCGGAUAAAGUUGGUAGAUUGGCAAUUUAAGAGCAAAGCAGGUCACGCUGCUAAUACUACGUACGCUCC